AAAGUUCUCAUCAGUAAGAUUCGGUCUUUCUUAAUUUUUGAUGUUCGUAAUAAAAGUCAGAAAUGUUUGUUUCAAAACCCGUUUAAAGUCUUCGCAGCCACACUGCUCCCCUAUAAUGACCUCAACGAGGCACUGUUUUCAUCCGACUGCCCCUAAAGGUGAAGAUGAUGAUGAUCUGUCGGGAGGAGGAGGAGGAGGAAGGAGGGAUGUCACCAGUUAAUAACCUCAGCCUCCCCCUGCCUGUCAGCAUCAUGAUCGCAGAAAGCACCGUGAGCCCUCCACCAAAGGAGCCGCGUCAGUAAGCGGAACUACAACCCGUGGAGCCCGACAUUUCCUCCACACAGACGGGUGGACUUCUCAGCGCAGCGCGGUGUGAAAGCUGGAGCUUUGGCACACAGACACACGGUCAGCAGCUGCCUCUGUAUCUCCAGAGUGCACUUCGCUCCGACCGAUUCCUCCGAGACUUCAUCUUCUCUCCAUCGGGGAACUGAAAACUUGGCUCCGCAGACCGCUGCAGGCGGAGGAUAAACGGACGCACGGAUAGUGUCCGCCGGCUGGCUGCGCGUCUUUUAGCGGCGCGCACAGCGGAGCUGCUGGAACUGUUUCCGUCCCACUUUAGUCCAGUAUUACCCCCGACUGGGCGUCCCGAACACGACCAACAUGGUUCUCUUGGGGUUCCUGCUCGUUCUCCACUUCCCAGGUGUGAUAUCCACAUCAGAAGUAUUCCCAUUUCCUCCACCUGUGACUGACUGUGUUGAAGCUCAUCGUGUGUGCUCCACUGACCCACGGUGCCAGGCACUGUACCGAGGCUUAGAGCUGUGUGCGGCCGAUGCAGCAGUCUCACCACUAGGGGAACAAGCGGCAUCCGAGUGCUUGGAGAGACAGGAUGCCCUUCUGGCCAAACACCCUUCACUGUUGGCUUGCAAGUGCCAGCGUGGCUUCCGGAAGGAGGAGCGGUGCCUUCGUAUAUACUGGAGGGUUCGUCUUCUGCCGGGAAGGGAUGAACUGGAAAUAUCACCUUAUGAUGACUCAUUGAUUGACUCUCGCAUGGCCUCUUUAGUGUCUGUUCCAUCCUUCCGGCUGCCGGAUGGUGAGAACCAGUGCUUGAAAGCAGCACAGGACUGUGGCCUGUAUGAGAAGUGCGGUGCUCUUCGAUCAGAAUAUGUGUUGGCUUGCACUAAGCCAGUGCCCGGCACAAUCCGAUGCAACCAAUACAAGUGCCACAGGGCCCUCAGGCGCUUCCUGGAACGGGUACCUGAGGAAUACAGCCUGGGUGUCCUGUUCUGUCCCUGCACCAACACCCUGUGUGGUGAAAGGAGGAGGAAAACCAUUGUACCCUCUUGCUCCUACCAGGAUGCAGAGAGUCUGCAGCCUAACUGCCUCCACCAGCAGAGCUUCUGUCGCCGAGAUGACCUAUGCAGGUCCAGGCUCGCUGAUUUCCUCAGUAACUGCCAACCAUCUCAUCUGACAGCCAGUGGAUGUUUGAAAGACUCAACAGGCCUCUGCCUCCGAGCCUAUGCUGGACUCAUAGGUACCAUCGUGACUCCCAACUACAUCAGCAACAACUCUGCUGAUGUAUCACUGUGGUGCAACUGUGAGGGCAGCGGCAACCAGUGGCAGGAAUGUCUGAGACUGCAGCGCCUUUUCACCCACAACAGCUGCCUACGUAAUUCUAUCAGCUGGAUGGGAAACAUUGGAUCACUGCCCUCAGAUCCCACUCAGCCCCCUGCUCCCAGACCCUCUCCACUGGUUCAGAAGGACGAGCUGCUGAGCAGUAAUCACCUGCCUGAGCUCAACAACGAUGUGGUAGAGAGUGAGGAAGACGAGGAGUUAACACAGACGGUCGAAGAGGAGGAGAGUGAUAAAGGUGGCCAGUUUGAUGUCAUCCCGCUCUACUCGGAAAGAGCUACGGUCUCCAUCCUGGGUUCAUCUGGAACAGGAGGGGCUGCAUCCCUCAGCACCAGCCCUACUAAACCAGUACUGCUGUUCCUCCUGCUCCUAACUGCUGCCCUCAGCUGGGGGUAGAACAGUGGAUAUAUAGAUACAUACACACACACACACACACACACACACACACAUAUACACACUCAUACAUGUACACACUCACAUCAAAUGGCUCUGCAAACAAUCAUUGUCUGAUUGCUGAAAAGGUACAAGAAACAGAGGGAGGAAAUGAACUUUGUCAGAAGCAUCUUCUUGGUUCCUGAAUCCCAUCUUUGUUUCCUAUUUUCACAGCAAACAUGAAAAAUGGCACUUUUAUUUAUUUGGCUCUGAAUGAAGUCACAGUGUGGUGUCCACAUGCUACCUCUAACCAGUAAGCACACUUAAACAUUUAUUUAAUGUUAGCACACAGAUAAUAGUUUGUUUGUUUUAAGUGGCACUGGCAGGGUCUGAGAUCAGCUGCUUCACAUUAGCCCCUUAGCUUCAAUUACACAUCUGAAAUGUGCUGAUGCAUAAGCAAGUAGCCAAAAUAGAGUGUUCACAAAAUGUCCACCACCAGCACUACCAAUUUGUAAAAACAUGACACAUCAUUAAAAGUGAACCCAGUGGUUUUUAUGGUCUUUCAGAACUAAUAUGUGAAAAAGGGAAAUGCUUAAAAAUAGCUAGAACUGCUGAAAGGUUUACCAUGGAACACUGUUUAUUCAGUGUUAUCAGUAAAUCUUACAAACUUCCUCUGAUUUUGACGUAAUUAUCAUUCAGUUUCACUAGUUAAAUGCUGUGAAAUCGUCUUACAUUAUGGCUAGAAUACUAGAUUUUAAUCCUGACUGGAGUUCUCUCUCCACUCUGCUCCGCUCCUUUCGCCCCAAAAGCAGGAGAACAUGGAGGUUUACAUCACUAAAAUCCCUUUAGAAUUUCUUACAGCUACACCUUUCUGUGGACUUUGUAGUGACUCUAAAUAAGUUAUAAAGCGUGAUCCCUGUGAGAAAAUGAUUAGGUAUAGUUUUAUUGUUGAAAAUUAUCUUUAUUGUCACAAAGAGUGCCUCUCCUUUAAAGUCAGUGAAUGAGCAGCAGUGGGAGGAGUUACCUGUUCACUAACUGUGGACACAAUACCCAGUUUUGACCUCAACAAUGGAAGCAAUCACAAUGAAUCAGCCAGGAUGAUGAAACCCUGCAGGGAAAAGAUUUCCGCGUCUCAUAUGUGCUUUAAUGAGGUGACUUCUAAAAGCAACUAGUUUUACUGGGUUUAUUUAGGGGUAUCAGAGUAAAGGUGGUUGAAUACAAACGCAUGUGACAGUUUUGUAUGAUAGCUAUAGUGGCCAGGGAGCACCAGCGAAAAUGUAAUGUGUGAAAUAAAAAUACAGGAAAAAAGGAGAGCUCAUGAAGUAAGAUGUCUUCAUGUGUUUAUAACACAUUAAUCCUACGGUGUUGAGUGCCACAGUGCAAACUGGUUAAUUUAAACAUAUACAAAUAAGAUAGCAAGUGAGAAACUCUUAAAAGAAUACUUUAAUUGGUGCAAACUGGUUUAAGUGCUUAGAUGUGAACACCCCACAGAGAUAAAGGCCCCACAGCUUCAGUAAGAGUCUGUCUUUGUUUUUUUUCACUGUUUUAAAUGACUGAUGGGUGAUUGUUGGUCCCCCCGGUUGAGACUUACCUUCUUGUAUAGGUCACCCUAACUGUGACUGAGGGUUAAUGCACAUGAACUUUAUCAAAGUGAUAUAUUGGGUGCGGCUUACUCUCCAGCCAGCAUGAGUGACAAAUUACACUGUUGUCCCUUAUUGUUUGAUGAACAGAAGGUGGCAAGUUCAUGUCGUGUGUGUUUGUGCACGAGAACACAAGCAUCAAACAGCCAAAAGCCCUUUGUUAUAAUCUGAGUCUAGCACUUCAUCAUUCCCACCCACUUCAGCUCAGCUAUACAUGCUGCAAAAAAAGAUGCGCACACACACAUUUGCAAACACGCUGAACCCCGCCACCCCCACUUGUGUACGUUCAGCCGAUGCAGCUCUUUCUCACUUUAUUGCUCUACUGCUGUCCCCGUCGUCCUCCCAGGUGAUGCAGGACCAGGGACCAAGCUGCUACAGGCACCGAUAUGAAUUAAGCCGUCAUAAUAAAAACAAUACACAAGAAACAAUAUGAGCUCUAAAAUAAAAUGGCAGAACAAAUCAAAUUGCUCCCCAGCAGGCAAAACACACGCAUAUACAGACUUGGAAAAAAAACACAUGCUACUUCUGUCAAAGACUGAGACAAAGUAAAGAGAGUGGGAAAGAGAGAUUUAUGUAGGAGAAAUUAAUAAUAAAAUAAGGCCAAGUCUCUGUGUGGUCUUUGUGCAUUUGAUGUUUAACUUGUUUUUAGUUGGGAGGCUGAUAAUCAGUCCCUGACAACAUCUCUUUAUCAUCUGACAGGCUCCUGUGGAGGGUGUAGGGUGGGAGGAGUGUGUGUGUGUGUGUGUUUGUGUGUAGGAUAGGGAGGGGUGGUGGGUGUACAUCAGGCAGAUUUAGAAACAGUGCACUAUAGCGAGAACAGAAAGGACCCUGGAGCACAAAAAAAAAGCAGAGAGAAUCGCAGGCUCUUGAUUUUCUAUGUCUUAUAAAUCUUUUGCUGACACAAUUUUUUUUCUCUUGUUCUUUUUCCUAUUCCUGGGAAGCGGGUGAAAUUAACUUCCAUCUUACUGGUGGCAGUGACAGCAGAAGGCAAGAAGAAGGAGCAGGAACAGGGAAGUGGGAAAAAGGAGAGACAUGACAGGAGUGUAAGAGGUGAAAGGAAAUGACAUGAAAAAGGAAAGAGUACAGAAACUUACAGGAAACAAGGUAGCAAGUGAAUAAAAUAAACAAAGGGAAACUAUGAGGAAAUUGAAUUAAUUCAUUGAUUUAUUUAUUAAAAUUAAAUCAAAGGUACUUGGUAGCUUAAGGGUGAGAAAACACCAGUACUACCAUUUAAUGAUGAAGAAGACACAAAAAGGCAAAAAGAAUAAGAAGCAUACAGGACAAAACUAAAUGAAAAAGUGCAAGAGAACAGAAAAUUAAAAAGCACAGAGACCACAGAUGAUGCUUUAGGCCAAAUAAAAGAGGAAAAAACUAAUAAAGAAGGAAAAUGUGCAUAAACAAUUCGCAAUAUUAUGACUUUAUUCUCAUAAUUAAAUCAAAUAUCUCUCAAUCUGGACCUCUCAGUCCCUCUCAUAAAGGUUUGUUACAAUUGUUAAAAUUAAGUAUUUUCUUUUCACUUUCAAUUUAAAUUUUUUUUCCUCCACUUCAGACCUAAACAAAUUUUUUUUUUUUUGUUGUUUAUGUUAUGUUUUGUUUAUUUUUUUUUUCUCAUGAGAACCUCAGAUUUUUUUUUCAGUACAAAAAAAAACAACCAAACAAAAUAUGCAAUGUCUUUCAAACAUUUGUGGGAUACUAGGGGGUAUAAUGUAUUAUAUAAUAUAAAUAGUGGGAUGAGGUUAUUACAGUUUUCAAUAAUUUCACCUGACUACUGAAAACGUAAUAUAUAUUGUUAAAAGAUAAAUAAAUAAAUAAAGGUACACUUUUGAUUCAGAGAAUAAUAGUUAGUUAGUUAAACUCCUGGAAUAUUGAUCUGGUCAGUUCAGUAGUAGAGUUUUUUUUUUUUUUUAUCAGUUUCACCUGUUUUGGUGUAAAUAAAAUUAACAACAGGUGAAAUAAAGAGGCAACAAUGAGGUGACCUCAAGAAUAGGAAUCGAUGGCAGGUGGAGGCCGCAGACAUUUUCUCCCUCCACAUUUUUUACUGGUUUCAGUAGUUUUGCAUUUGACCAGGGUCAGUGUCACCACUGGUAACAUGAGACAAUACUGGGACCCUACAGAGGUUGCAAAGGCAGCCCAACUUCACCAGGAUAGUACAGUAAUACGCACCAUUGCCUGAAGGUUUGCUUUGUCUCCCAGCACAGUCUCAAGAGCAUGGAAGAGAUUCCAAGAGACAGGAAGUUACUCUAGGAGAGCUGGACAGAGCCAUUGGAGGUUCGUAACCCAUCAGCUAGACUGGUAUCUGCUCCUUGGUGCCAGUAAGAACAGGAUGAGUACCACCAGAGCCCAACAAAGUGACCUCCAGUGGGCCACUGGUAUUAAUGUCUCUGAACAAACCAUUAGAAACAGACUAGAACAGGGUCCUCUAGUAGGCCCUCUGCUCACAGCCAAGCAUUGUAGAGCUCGAAUGGCAUUUGCCUGAGAACAUGGGAGUUGACAGGGGCUGCACUCGCACCCUGUUAUUUUCACCACCAGGUUCACUUUGAGCUCAUGUGACAGACAUGAAAAGGUCUGGAGAACAUGUGGUGAAUGUUAUGCUGCCUUCACAUUGUUCAGCAUGAUCGUUUGGUGGUGGGUGAGUGUUAAUCUGGGGAAGGCAUAUCCAUGAAGGGAUGCACAUAACUGUACAGGAUAAACAAUUAGACCUUGACUGCACCUAGGUAUCGGUAUGAAAUCCUUAGACCCAUUGGUAGACCCUUUGCCGGUAUCAUAGGUCCUGGGUUCCUCCUGGUACAUUAUAACACCUAGCCUCAUGUGGCAAAAGUAGACAUUUCCUGGAGGAUGAAGGACCGUUGACUGGCCUCCACGCUUUUCUGACCUAAAUCCAAUAAAACAUCGUUGGGACAUCAUGUUUAGGUCCAACCACCGCUGCCAGGUUGCACCUCAGGCUCUCCAGGAGCUCAGUGAUGCCCUGGUCAGGAUCUGGGAGGAGACACCCCAGGACACUAUCCAUCAUCUCAUAAAGAUCAUGUCCCUAUGUUGUCAGACAUGCAUACAAGCAUCUGGGGACCAUACGAACCACAAAGUACCAUUUUAAGUUGCUUCAGCAAAGAGGACCAAACUGCCACAUCAGAUUGUUUGUUAAAAUUCCUCUGUGACUUUGGAUUAAGCCCUCUGUGUGUUGAUCAUUUUCAUCAAAUGAUGUAGCAUCAUUUAGUUCCUAACACAUUACCCGUUCUGCCUGUGUGUGGAUAUACAGCAUAACUUUUUUUUUCCAGUUGAGAUGUAUUUUCACAGUUGUAUAAAUUUGUUUUUCAAUUUUACCCCAUCAAAUCUUUUCAACAGCUAUACAUAGUUUUUUCUUUCUUUGUAUGCCCUUUUUCUCAUAACAUGUCAUAUAUUUUGUCUGUCUUGAUGGCACAAACAUUCACUCAGAGGCAAAAUAUAUUCUGAACAACAUCCACAGGCUUAGAUUUUUUUUAGGUAUCCAAUGGAGAAUCAUCUUAAUGUCAGGAUUGCUGUAUAUCAAAAACGUGGUUAAAAUGGGAAUUAGUGGGACUGAAUUGGUCUCUGAGGGUAAAGAGUGUAGGCAUAUCUGUUAAUCUCCCAUUAUAUACACCACGCAAUAGAGCCAAUAGUGGAAUUUAAAAAAACUUAAAAGUAAAAAUCAAACCCUUACCGAACUUCACACAAUUAGCCUCUAAAAUGACAUAUAGAAGAAUUGUUUUCAAAGAGAUGUUUGGGCUUCAAGGUACCUUGAGGGCUAAAAGACAAGACAGCAGGUUCUAUUGAAUAAAAAGGAAUAAAAUACCAGUAUAAACAAGUAAAAUAAAGUGAGGAGAGGAUAAACAGAAAGAAUAAUGGAGGAAAGGCAAACAAAGAAGAAGAGGAAGAAAAAGUUUGUUUUGUAAAGCCAGGAAGGAAAGACUAUAAAGGAAUGAAAGGAUGAGGGCAGAGACUGAGAGGGGCAGGUCAGGUUCUUUAACCGUUUUUUCUUUUCCUUCGGGCCCUGUGUUAGGUCCAGGUGCUGAGGAACACAUCCAGUCUGAAGGGCCUUUUUGACCCAACACAGCCCACAGACAAAGAGUUUGUCCAUCACUGAAACCAAUCUUUAAACAGAAUGCAGAAUUCUCCUAGGAUUCUGCCCCCCACAAUUUGACUUUACUUUGUUAAAAAGUGUUGACUUUGCUGUGAUUUCAGAGGCAGAGAACAUUGUUUGCUUGGACGUUAGAAAUUCUAAUUAACAAAGAGGCCAACAAAACAACACGUUUCACAAUGGAAAAGAUACAUUACACACAGUCAGGUUUAUUGUUGGAUUUAGCUAUUAAAAUAGGUGCUUAGUUACUUAGAGAGAAACACAUAUCAUAUGGUUACCCGAUCCCCUGUCUGUUGGCACUUCCUUCACGUAGUGGUUAAAAUGAACUUGUUGGAUUUAAUCUGGUUUUAUGUGUCAUACAAACAGUUAUCAAUCCUGCUGCAGACAUUGGCAUAAUUUAUAUUUAAUGCUUAAGAAAUAACCAAAAUAUAAAAUAUAAUGGUAAAUGUAUCUGAAUCCAUCAAACUAGACAUUUCAGUGGUUAAUUUAGAAUACCUUUUGAAAAUGUGUCAAUUAAGAAAAUAUUUCCAGUGGUGUGUGUUUGCAACUCAUUCUUCAUUAUUUUAAGGGGUAGAAAGUUAAGCCCUUAGCCCUCUGUCUACUCCACAGAAACUAUUAAAAGUGCCCUCCCCCUUAGAAAUGGUGGGUUGAGAGAAUGAGGAACAGGGGGAUUCCAAUAUGAUUACUGUGAUUCUCACUCAAAACGGGGGCUGGAAGCAUCACUCACACUGAAGUGAAGUUUUAUCUAACAACCUGCCGAUUAUUUAUAUUUUGCAUAAGUGGGCAUACUCAGCAUAUUGUGCAGAAUUGUAGCUGCAAAAUAUAUGUUUCCUCAUAUGAAGAUGAGUGCUUUUAUUUACUUCCCCUGUAUGAGGGACAGUCCUUUGACUCAGCUCUUUUGAACUAGCACUUCUCAAACAGGUUAAAGUCCGAAGUUACAUCAAAACUUAGCAUAAAGGUAAACAAACAGCGUGAUAUAUUAAAGCUAAAAAUAUAUGAUUAUGAAGUUAUGAAUUGCCUGCAUCUCAAAUUGCCUUUCAUCCCUUUCCCUUGCACUGUUAGUAAUAACCCAACAUGCUGCACAUUCACACUGCAGGCUAGGGUACCCAAUUGUCUCUGUGGUGCAGGAAGAGGGCAAAGGGGAUAUUGCUUUUUAGCUCUACUAAGAUUUGUUAGGAAACAGAAGGCUAAGAGGUGUUCUUGCAAAUCCACAUUGACAGAAGAAGAGGUAUAUUCUCUGUUAAAAUCUGCACUGCAAUCCCCCCAAAAAGCAAAGCAACAAAAAACACAACAAAGGCUACUUUGAACUGUUUUGGGGUGUUACAAUUAAGCCAGAGUCAUUAGAAGUAUUAUUUUAAAUUUACCACCACAAUGCUUUAGAGAGGCCCAUCCAGAGUCCUAAAUCUGAAAGAGCCGUGGAAACAUGCAAAAAGCUGUCCAGAGCUUAUAAAAAGGGUUUUGAUGCCAUAAAGCCAAAAAAGAUUUUCUAUUGAUUAUUGAAAACUACAUAAAUAAUUUUUAACAUGGACUUUUUUAUUAAAACAUAAAUAAAAGCAGAUAAAUUCCUUUUUUGCAAACUUUAUACUCCUGCAUUGUUUUAUCAUCUUUUGAGAGAUGUCUUUCUUGAUUCCUAUCAUAUUCAAACCUACUAGUUAAGUGAAAGUCAUUUUAAAUCUAAAUCUGCCAGGGGUAUGGAUUAUUUUAAGUUUAGCGAUAUGUUUGGUUGGAUUUAUCAAAUCCCUAACAUGUAUUAAAAAUAGUGAAAUCAUAUCAUAUAUGCAUGGACCGGUUUGAAAAUCUCACAGUCUGAAAGUCAUUAGAAUACCUUAGGUUGACGGUAUGAAAGUAUGUGCAUGGAAAUCUGAAACCAAAAUGUUUAACAUGGUCUAAUUGCUUUUAUGUAAACCAGAAAAGCAUCAAUUAUUACUACCGCUGCUAAAUUAAUAUAAUUUAUUUAUUAUUAAAAUUGAAAUGAUCUCUAACAUUUAUUUAGUAGUAUUUUAUUUUGAUACAUAGCCUUAAAUAAAACCACAGAAUAACCACGUGCUAAAACAGUAGCACUUAAGGUAGAACAAACUGAUUUUAGCUGGAUAAUUUGUCCUUCUAUCAACCUGAGUAGAGCCUUCAGUAGGCUGCUUGAAAGCAAUGCUGCUCAUUUACUCUGAAAUACCUCCUCUGAAUUUGUCUUUGUUGUUGUGUACCAGCCUUUUGUUCAGACCAGCGGGGUGCAGUGACAGGUGGGGGAGGGGCUCUGUGGUCAAUGCAGUCAAAGAAAACUCCAGUCACUCCAGCACUAACUCUGACAUCUCGUUUAACACCAUGAAAGUGUACUGUUACAACAACCAUUCUGAUGUCUGGUCUCAUGUAUAGCACAGUAUUUUGUUUGCUAGUCAAAGCUCCACAAGCUUACUGGACGGUUGAGCUGCAACAGAAAUCCAUGCCAUCCUGCUCUCUUAGCAACCCAUUCAGGUUCUGGUCAUUUCCCCCCUUUGCCUUUCAGAUCUUUGUAGUUGUGAUCAUUUUGUUCCCUCCCGGGGGACGUUCACAUCCACUCUGACAACCAAUGGUUUGCACUAUGGUCCUCCCAUAGUCCAAAAAAGGAUCAGAACCAAAAUAAAUCAACAAAGUCUUAAGAUAACUUUAUCUUUUUUGUCAAUUCAUCUUCUUAUCUAAAAAGAAAGAUAAAGUUUAUGGGUAUUAAAUGGUUUGGUGCAGGUAUGAGAUGGAAAUAGAAGCACGGACUGGGAAAGUGGUGAAUUGGCCCAUGGCUGCUCUGUCGUUCUUUUGUUAAACCUAUCACACUUCUACAUUUAUAUUGAUCAGAGUAUCACUGAUUAGAUCCACUGCUACACUAGCCUUGUUUUAUUCUUAGCAGAAACUAGGAGCUGCACAAUCACUUCCACAGCGCUAACUUCCUAAACUCCUUCAGAGGUGAACAUCACUGCCUUGUUCGAAGGUUUCUCCUUUUUAUUUGGCAGUAUAUACAUGCUGUAUAGUUUCCUCUGCCCUCCAUCCUUCCAUUACAUAGAUUAAGAUAGCAGGGUCACUACCUACCUGACCUCCUACCACCCAGUAGCGGGGGUUAAUUGAGAUCAGCAGGGGAAAACACGUCUGAUUGACAUGGCCGGCGGGGACCGGGGCAAUGGCCUUUUACUGAGGCCUGUUGUUCAUUUUAAUUGUUGUCUCAGCUCUUUGUCGUCAGAGCAGAGACCCGGGGGCAGGAAGACAAGAGGGAUGGACAGGGGGAGAAUAGACGGCAGCAGAAGGAGUGGACACUGGUGAUUUACAUUAACAUGUAGUGAAAUAAACAAGCAGGGAAGUCAAGCGUUAAAUCAACUAAGAGAGAGAGAGAGAGACGGAAAGAAAGCCUCCAGGGUGAGAGGGGAACCGAGAAAGAUAAUGUGUGUGUGCUCUGAUACAAACUCUCUACUUUAUUGUUCUAUUAGCACGCACUGGAUUUACAUGCAGAAAGGUGCAUGCACACACACACACACACACACACACACACACACCCUGUCAGAUUUGAACGUUUAGAGUCUCUGUUUUCUCUCUUCAGUAUUUUAGUAUUCUAAUCCAUCACUGGCCUGACAUGGGGAUGCUGUCUCCCUCUCUCUCGAUGCUGCUGCACAUACUCGGCAUCCAAACGGAAGAUAAAGGCAGAGCAGGGAGAAAAACAAACUCCACUGCAGAGAGAGCUUUAUCCAGACAGAUAAAGCGGUGGAAUAAAGCGGUGACAGAGAGAUACAGUGGAAGUGAAGGAUGUGGAAGGACAGAAGAAAAAGGAAGUAAGCAACUGAAGUGGGAAAGAAUGAGUGCAACGGUGGAAAUGAAAGUGGGGAAAACGUAGAAAGGGUAGAAAAUAAAGGCAGAAAGAAAGGACGGGUAUGAGAGCAAGAGAUAGAGUUGUGUUUGUAUGCGUGAAUAUGUCGCACACACAUUCACGCGAUGUGUGUGUGUGUGUGUGUGUGUGUUGCAAUGAGUUGUGGCUGAAGCCUGAACCUCCCUGCUCCAUUUCACACUCUGUAGGUCCUGACGCAUCAGUGCUGGAAGACACACAUACUGUCAGCCACACACCCACACACAUUCAGGAUGCAUCCUUCUUUUUCGAUUUCUGAUUGACAAAAACACACUUGUUUGCUAUAAUUUUUAAAUCAUUCAUAUGAAUAAGCACAGAAGCACAAACACACAGUCAUGUCUGCUGAACCUUACCCCAUUAGCCCUUCCAUCUCCAUGUUCUCUGUUCAUUCUGUUGAUUUCAGGAACAUUAAAGAAAAAGUUCCCUCUAAAAUGUUUUUUUAAGGCGCUUUGGUGUCUGCUUGUGUUCAGAGCUGCUGAAGCGCAUUCUGUUAAUUUCAGAACAAUAAGGCACCCUGAGCAUUACAAAUGCAUAAUAGAUUUAAUAUAUUUUAGUUUUUUUUGUGUUCCUGCCAUAAAGUUUCUUUUCUCAGACUGUCAGUUUCCCUUGAAAUGUCACUCAGUUACUGUGCAGAACAGGAGGUAAAUGUUCCUUUGUCUACAGAUUUUUGUUUUCUCACUAUAUACUUUUUGUAAAUUUUUCUUAAAAAAAUAAAUAAACUUUGGCAUGAUUUAUAAUUUGUGGACAUUUUGGUAAAGUGUCCCAUAAAAACACCAUGAAUUAUGUUUAAUUAAGCCUGUAACAGCAUGUGUGUUUUAACCAUUGGGUGAUUCUAAAGCCAUGAAAACACAAUUUGCCAGAGUUUCAAAGGUUAGUUUGGAUUUUUUGAAGUGAGGUUCAAUGAACUUACUGGUAAUAGUUCCAUUAGCUGUUGUAGAAAUAUAUCCCUGUGAGCUUGUUGAAAAUGUAAAUAAAUGAUCAUGCUAGUGGAAGCUAGCAGGUGGUCAGGCCUACAGCGUCUGUUUUAGCUGAUUUUAGGAUAUUAAAACAACUCAAACUGAAAAUGUUAAUAUCAAUGGGAUUAACAAUAUGUUAGCAGAUAUUUACAGUUUACAAUUUCACAAGAAACCGUUGUUAAGUUUGGUGCUGUUUUAUUCAGAUGAACAUAUUUAGCUUGGUUGAGCUUGCCGACUGCAUCAAUUCGCCAGAUCAGCUGUGACUUAACAGUCCAUCCAACUUCGCUAAGAACUGAGUAACACUUUAGAUUUUGUGUGAGACUGAGAGUUGUGCAGCAGCAUUAAAUAUUUGUUCCUGUGCUUUAUAGGUGUCGUAGUUGUUUAAAAUUAUACCAGUGGAUUGAUGAUCCGCUGAUCAACCAAACCAGCUGAUGGGACAUAUUGAUAUAGCAAAUAUCUGAUUCUGAGGAUGUAUGUACUUUCUAACAAGCUCACAUGUCAUCAUGCAAGAGAAUAAUUACUGACGAUAACAUCACAGAACCUUAAAAAAAACUCCAAACUAACUACUUAAAUAAAAUGUAAAUAUCCUCUAGCUGCUUAUGUUUGAAAACAGAAAUACAAAAUGUUUUUUAUGUUCUGCUAAAAUAUCUUAUAUUGAAGCCCUAUUAAUUAUUAUGUGGCUCUAAUAGUACAGUCUUCAUUUAUUGUUAUAUUGAUUUUGAUACAUAGUCAAACAUAUUCGAAGUGAGAAAAUAGUGGUUAGGAAUUUUGUUUGAGAUCAGAGUAAGCUGUUUUAUGUACAGGACAACGAUAUUCAAACCAUUAUUUAUUUAUUGACAUCUUCUAGAUAAAGGUUAAAAUUCUAAUUUAGUCCCGAGAAGGGAGAUGAAAGAUGAAAGAUAUUGGGAUUUGGGUGGAAGAGCUAAAAAUUAGGGAAUUUAGCAGCAGUAUGUAAGUACGUAGAGUUGUAUUAGAGGGGAAGCAAGUCACUUUUCUUCCAUUCUGGUCUUUGUGAAGUAACUAUAAUAACUAACACGGUGACAUUAGAAGGUUAAGUAGCCAGGUUAUCUGCCCUGGCCUGCAGUAGGCUGUUUUUCAGACAUGGUAACUCUUCCAGCUUUUGCAUUGGUAUCAAAACAGGAUUACUUAUAAGCUGAGAUUGACUUCUAUCUUUAAUACAAAACCUGUCAGAUGUACAGUAGAAACAAGUGUUUUGAACAUUAGGGGCACGUAAGUCAAUUUAUUUAAGUUACAUUUAGAUUCUAUCCUAUUACAAACAGUCCAAUUUAAUCCAAUUAAAAAGUAGUUCCAUACUAUCAGAUUCAGGCUUUUGACUGUCUAGGGAAACCUGAAAUCUUUCCUAUGAAGCAGUUCAUUCUAAACAAGCACAGACCAACAGUGGAGUGAAACCGCUCACUGUUAACAGGAAGAAACCUCAAGGCUCAGGAUGAUCAAUGGGCCUUGACCAGCUGGGUGCUGAGAGGACAGGACUGAGUCAUAGAUAAACAAACCAAGCCAAAAUUGUGCAGGAUAGUGAACCCUGAUGAUAAUAGUGAGGAGACUGGUCUAACUACAGUAUGUAGAGAAAAAGUGUUAGAAAAAAUUAUGCAUUCUUGGAAAAUUUCUCCACAGGACAUCAUUCAGAUCUGUAAACAUCAGACAGAUCCAAUUCAAAUCGAAUAUUAUGUUUAUGAUGUUUUUUUCUACGAGAUAUAAGUCAUUAUUCAUAGACAGCUGGCCCUCGAUGUAGCGUCUUUUCCCCAAACAACAUCCAUUGUGGAUAUAAGUCACAAUAAGCGCCUUAAAAAAAUGAAAUGAAUAAUUGCUUUACCUAAGAAUGAUGUAAAAACCAACUUUAAAGUUUAUCAUUAAUUAUUAGUCAUUACUACUCAUACUGUAGCAAUACUGUAGCAGUAAAAACAGAGAAUGUAUUGUGACCUGUAUUUGUUAUAAAUGAAAUAUCUUUUGUGUUAAAUCGUUUAUCAGUGUGUUACGGUUCUGUUCCGGGUCAGUUCUGAAUGUCAUCCCAUCUGUCAGAAAUACAACACUUCAUCAUGCAUAUUUCAGUUCAAUGAAACAGCAGUUUAAGGUAUCUAACAAGCACGUUUUAUUAUUAAUUCUGACCAAGGUUUGUGUAAAAAGGGGAUUGUGGGUUUUGUCUUGUCCUUUUACUGUUCAUGCAUUAGUAUUUUUGGUGGUAUAUCGAUAUAUUCUCACAUCUAUAUGAGAAUAUUUAUGCUGCUACAGGACCGGUCAUCCCAUGCUUACACUCUGAGUGGGAUCAACUUUGGACAUUUAAAAAGAAAGCAAAGGAAAUGACGGGGACAUCCUGGAAGAUACUCCUCCAGGCCCAUGGACACCUGAUAAACCUCCUGAACUUUCUGAAAGACUCUCCUUCAUUACACAUGAAUAGCUAUUCCAGAUAUCUGCUUGCUGUUUUUGUCUCUUUAGCUGAAUGUUUUUUUUCAGCUGUAACAGAUGCACAAUCCUUUUACUGUCUGCAAUUCGUCGCCAUGGAUACCUGUGUCUCACCUAGGCUGCUGCACCCCGGGUGAUCCCAAAAGGUAAAUGGAGCUGAAUGAUCUUCGGAAGUCUUAUUCUUUUCAAUCCACCAACACCUGGUGAGGGCACGGCAGCCGUUUUCAUGUUUUUCCCUCCCCGAUUUGACUCACUGAGUGAAAGCCGUUCCUCCUCCUCCCCCAGCUCUUAUCCCGGCAGGUGCCUGGCUGAAUAGGACAUCAUCGCUGUGGAGAUUGAGGCGGUGACACACACACACGCGCACACACACUAGCUCAAACAGUCGCAGAUUCGGAAAUGGGGCUGGCUUUCAUGAGCGAGCGGCUGUGCAAUCUGAAAAGUUGUCUCUCCAAACUGGAGACAGCUGUGUGGAUGGAGCUGUCCCUGGAGGGGAACUCUGUAAAAAUGGACAAAUCUCCCCCUCUGUCACAUUUUAACCUUUGCAAAUUCUACACUAAAGUCAUAUCCCUGGACAGAAACUGUUCCAUGUAAAUUCUUUUAAGAACAUUGACUGAGGCUGAAACCCACCACUCCACCCUCCACCCUAGCCCACUUCUGCCCUUGCUUCCUGCCUACAGCAUGUCAGUGUACAUCGUUGGAGUGAGGGAACCACAAAGCCCACGGGAGGGCUUUUCCCACUCUGUUCCAUGUUAGUGUGUAAUAUUCUGACGCUCUAUUGGGCCUGUGCUUUUUACCUGUUUGGACUGUCGAUGAUUGUUUUGUAAGCACAUGAACCUCUGGUGGGCUGUCUGGCACACAAAUAGGAAGUAAAUUGAAAAACAUAACAUUCAAGCGCUGGCCCCAGUGACUAGAGAUCAGUGGUUGGUUCUAAGCUGUAUUGUUUUAAAACUUGGUAUCUCAGUGGGCACAUAUGUGGCCUCGCAUGAAAUAUUUCAAUUUCCGAUCAUCCGGUGUCAUUUUGCCCCGCUGAAUGUGCCCAGAGGGAAUAUGAAGCACUCCAUGCCUCCGCUGUAUUCACCUGUGAAUAAUAAAAUAAAUGUACAAGCUGACCUUUCUUUA